UUACAGUCUGACUUAUUUAUUCAAGUAAUGGGCUACAAUCUAGAGAUGUGCAUUUUAGUAGUCCGUGUAUUUUUGGGUAUUUUGCUUUGUGCACCGUACCAGUGUUUGGAGUGUCCUUUUGGCUGUGAAUGUUUCGCUGUUACGCGCACAGUGAAAUGUGUUUCCAAGAACCUGCGUGCGGUGCCACAAAGUAUUCCAGGAUAUGCAAGGACUGUCAUUAUCACAGGGAAUAAUAUACAGCGGAUUGGACCGGAUUCAUUCACAGAGCUGGAGAAUGUCACCAACCUCAUUUUAAGCAAUAAUAGGAUCACAGAGGUGGCAUCCCGCAGUUUCUCUGCCCUGACCAACCUGCGCUUUCUGGACCUUAGUGGCAACCAGCUGGCACUGAUCCACCCAGAGGCUCUUAGCAUAGCUGGCAGCCCACUCCAGGAGCUCAACCUCAGCCGCUCGCUGUACAACUCCACCUCCCUGACAGACAUCACCACUGCUCUGCGCUGGGGUGGUCUUAGGGGGCUGCUCCGCCUGGACCUUUCUGGAAACCACCUAGCGCUUCUGCCCCCAGGGAUGUUCUCCCACCUUCCUAAUCUGCUGCACCUCCUCCUCCUUAACAACUCUCUGGUGGCUAUCUACAAUGGCACCUUCUCUGGCAUGAACCACCUGGAGGUGCUGGAUCUGACCCACAAUGCCUUCAGGACAUUCAGAGCCGAUGCGUUACGAGAGCUGGGGAAGCUUGGGAGCGUCCGCAUUCUGCUGGGUUACAACCCCUACACCUGCUCUUGUGAGACCCUUGAUUUUGUGGUGUGGCUGAAUAACUCCUGGGCUCAGGUAGCAGAUGUGGACGCUGUGAGGUGUGCUUCACCAAGGGGGUUAAGCAACAUGCGGCUGCGAGGGCUUCAGGUCCAGGCCCUUGGUUGUGGUGGUCCUGUCCAAGGAGAAGUGACUGACCUCUCUCUACAGACAUCCUAUGUGUUCCUGGGGCUGGUGCUGGGGUUUGUAGGCAUGAUCUUUCUCUUUGUGCUCUAUCUCAAUCGCAAAGGUAUGAAGAAGUGGAUCACUGACAUGAGAGAUGCUUGCAGGGAUGUGCUGGAGGGGUACCACUAUCGUUAUGAGAUUGACUCGGACCCUCGGCUCGGGCAUCUCUCAGCAGACAGCUGUGGAGGAAGGAGACAAGGACAUUUUGGAGUAUCUCCCUCACCACAGCAGUGUCCGGACACAUGCAUUCAAAUACCCACAGACACACAACUCAAGCAGGUGACUACCUCUCCACCUGUGAACCUAUGAUCUCACUGAAUCUACAGAAGUUUGUCAAAUGGAGAUAAAAGUGAAUGUGUAAAGUCUUUGCCAUAAAAGAUUUGCAUAUACAGUUCAAAGAGUUGUGUUUGAGCUGCCAGGCUCCUUGUACAUGUAAUUAUAACUUAUGAAGCUUACCUUGUAAGUGCCUUUUCUGUUUUUGAAGCAGCGCAGCAUUGUGUCUAUUCUGAGGUGGAACUUUAUCUUGAAUGUUGACAUCAUCUAUCAUCUAUUCUCAGCAUUUUUAUAAAGAUACAUAGACAACAUUCAAACAUGUCAGUGGAGAGUGAGGCGCUGCUAUCCUUAUUUAUUUAUCUAUCUAUCUAUCUAUUUAUUUGGUCAGUUAUGGUUGGUAUUAAGUAUUGAAACAGCUCUUCUUACUCCAGAAUAUUGUCAGGAAGAAAUGUGGCAUGAUGAUGCAUGUUGACUCUAAAAUGUUUUUAAUCCAUAGAGAGCCAGUAGAUUUUGGUAUAGCUUUUUAUAGAGUAUGUAUACUCCAGUGAAACUACUGUAGACAGACAAGAUCUAAGUCAAGAUCUAAAUUAAUCAUCCUUAUCGUGCAUUGUGGAACUUGUAAUGUAAUCUGUAACAUGUAAUAUUUGCAUGUUGAAAAAGUAAUAUAUGAAAUCUCUGUU